CACUUCUAGUGAUUGCACCACCGCUGAGUACAACGUGCAAGUGAAACCAUGGUAUUGGUCAAUACAUGGCCAUUCAUAGGGAUAAGAACCUUUGGGAUGACCCAUUGAGUUUUAAGCCUAAUAGGUUUGAAAAUGGAGAUCAAGGAGAGGGUUAUAAGAUGAUGCCGUUUGGGUUAGGAAGGAGGGCUUGUCCUGGGGCAGGUCUAGGUCUUCGGAUAGUGGGUUUGACCUUGGGUUCAUUGCUUCAAUGUUUUGAGUGGAAAAAACUAAAAGAUGAAGAAAUAGAUGUGUUGGAAGGGAUUGGACUCACCAUGCCCAAAGCUAGACCUAUAGUGGGCUUGUGUAAGGCUCGGCCCAUCAUCAACAAGGCUCUGCUGCACUAGAUCCUUGGAAUUUGUAGCCCUAAUCUGCCAUAUAGAAACCAAGAAAUAUUUCCAUUCUGUUUUAUAUAUUAGCUUGAACUUUUGUUGAUGUAUGUAAUGAAAAUAUGUAAUAUUUGUAUUAGCAUACUUUUAUUGAACUCUCUUGGAAUUGUUAAUGGCUAUGAUAUAUUGAAGAUACAAUCAAGUGCAGCUGUCAAG